CUCCUUUUUUUCCAGGCCAGUGCGGCAGGCGGACCGCAGGGAGAGCGAGAGAUUUUUAGGAAGGACAGUUACAAAAGUUAAAGAAGACGAGAAAUCAUGACACGGAACAGCGAACUCGUCGAUCGCCUCUCCUCGCCCCUCAGCUUGACAUCGCUCAUCACGGCGCUCGUGUCACCUAUGAAAUACUGAUUUUUGCCAUCCACACCAACUUGAGGAUAUAAUGCCGGGAAAUGGAUGAGAACUACCGCAGUCGCCUGGAAUUGCUUGUUGGAUAUUGAAUCUGGCGCUCGGGGAUGCGGUCGGGUUUGUUUUCCCUCUAUAUAAUUAAUAUAUGAGAGCAGAGAUCUUGGGCCAGUCCGUUAUUUUUCACAUCGCCGCUCUGAUCUCAUAGUUCCGCGGGACGCGAUGCAUCGACCCGCUCUGUGUUUUACUUUCAUGCUUUUUUAUAUUGCGUUUUUAUGUACAGCACUUUGGUUCCACUUCGGGGUGUUGAAAGUGCUUUUGAAAUAAAACUGAGUCUGGAGUAGAUGUCAAGAUGGGUGAUGCCGCAGAGAUCAAGGAGAGCAGGAGGACGUUCAUCGUGCCCGCGAUCAAAUCUGUUGAUCACUACGACUUCGCCAGGGCCAAGAUAUCGUGCAGUUUGACGUGGCUCAUCGCCAAAGCCUUUGGAUCUGACAGUGUUCCAGAGGACCUGAGCGAGCCCUUCUACAGGGACCAGUAUGAGCAGGAGCACCUGAAGCCUCCGGUGGUGGGCCUGCUGCUGUCAGCGGAGCUGUACUGCAGAGCAGGAAGUCUGAUCCUGAAGAGCGACGCCGUCAAACCUCUGCUGGGUCAUGACGCCGUCAUCCAGGCUCUGGCUCAGAAAGGCCUGUACGUCACCGACCAGGAGAGACUGGUGACCGAGAGAGACCUGCAGAAGAAACCCAUUCAGAUGAGUUCCCACUUGGCGAUGAUUGACACUUUAAUGAUGGCGUACACAGUUGAAAUGGUCAGUGUGGAGAGAGUGAUGACCUGCAUACAGAAAUUUACUCCUUUCCUUCCUGAGGAAGACUUCCCUUAUGAUGCUGAAGAGGCCGUGAUAUCAUGGAUCAACAAGGUGAGAUCCCUGCAACUAACAUUACAUGUAAGAAUUUCUGAGUGCCCCUUAACUGGAUCAGUUUAUAAUGCAUUUUUCUUGUUGUUAUGGCAACUGCUCUUCGUGCGUAAUCCACAGGGGCGGUACAGGAGAGAGGACUCAAAAGCACGUCCGGUUCUUUCUCUCCCUCUGGUGGACAAUCUCUUGAAGGACAACACAGACGGCUGCGCGCUGGCUGCACUACUGCACUUCUACUGUCCUGAUGCUGUGCUACUGGAAGAUAUCUGCGUCAAAGAAACAAUGUCAUUGGCUGACAGUCUGUACAAUCUCCAGCUGAUCCAGGAGUUCUGCAGAGAAAACCUCAACAACUGCUGUCACUUCACCCUGGAGGAUAUGCUAUAUGCCUCCACCACCAUUAAGAGUAACUACCUUGUGUUUAUGGCUGAGUUAUUCUGGUGGUGUGAAGUUGUGAAACCAUCUUUUGUUCAGCCUCGAACACUCAAUACCAAAGCAUCUGAUCCAUCGCAGUCUAAUAAAAUGGCUCCAAUAACCAAACAAAACCUGAUCCACAGACCAGGCAGUCCAGACCAGUCUAGGUCACAACCUAAAAAUGACAGCUCAGCAGUUAUCAGGCGGUCAUCCUCCAUGUCGUAUGUGGAUGGAUGUGUGGGGACAUGGCCUAAAGAGAAACGAAUACCUCUGUGCAUUCCAGUCUUUGACUUGUUCUUGUUUUUCCAGCAUAACGUCAUGGUUUUCAUUGCUGAGCUCUUCUGGUGGUUUGAAGUAGUGAAGCCGGACUUCGUAAAGCCAAGAGACCUCCAAGAGAUCAAAGACGUGAGAGCGUCUCUUCAGCCAAAGAGUUCCCGCCCCCAUGUGCCCAUAUCCAAUGCCACCAAGAGAAGCUUCUUAACCCCGUCUCCUUCAGCCGACUCGCUGGCGACAGCCGCCACUCCCGAGGGCUGUGUGCGCUAUUACCUGCACCCUGAGGAGUCCUCGUCUGUAACAAACAGAAGCCCCUCCCACAGCCCCUCCCACCCGCUCCUCCCACUGCGGCAGAGACAGCAGAAGCCCACUCAGGGGGAGGAGCAUUCAGAGCUCAGGAACAGGUCCAACUCUCUGUCCCGUAUGGAUGGACUCAUGCUUGGAUCACAGUUUGCCUGGACAGAACGGAAACAAAGGCCCAUCUCUCAGAUGGAGAUGGACUGGGAACGUGUAUGUGGCGAUAAUAUCAGCUUGGCUCGAUCCAUAAGCAAGGACAGUUUAGCUUCCAACGUCAUCUCCAUCACUCCACGACACCGCAUCAACGGCCAGCCCCUCCCCCAGACACGUCACUAUGACAACCAGGAGGAAGAGGAGGAGCUACUGGCCGUGAUUAACCCAGAGGGCGCGUCUGCAUCCAGAGACUCAAAAGCCGAGGGUUUCUUCUUGGAACCGUUGCAGCCUGCGGUUCUACGCCCGAAUAAGGAGAAAACGGGGGUUAGUAAGUGGGAGGAGAGUGGAGAGGGGAGGAGUCAGGGGCGGCGAGGGGCGUAUACUCCUACAGAAUGCACUCUUAACCGGACGUUUACGCCGAUCGGUAGCACCGAGCGAGCAAGCUCUCGAACGCAAUCUCCCGGAAGCUUCUUCCUUCACGAAGACGUGGAGUGCGUGAGGGACAGUCCUCUCGGAGGCUGGGAGGACAUCGUCUCCGAUUCAGAGUUUGAGGAGGAUGAGGAAAUAGAGGUCCAGGAGCAAGAGCUCUCCAAAGCUGUUCUGAUGCACGCUGGGAGGAAAUGCACGGGAGAGGAAGAGGAGUCUGCGAAACUGCGCGAGGACGUUUGCUUGCGUGAACGGGACGAUAAGGAAGGCGCCAGUGGACGGGCGAGUCCCUGCCCCAGCAUGCUGUCGCAGGCCAGCAGCACAUCGACCGGCACUGGCCGCAUGACGAGCUUCGCAGAGCGCCGCAGACACCGAGUCGGGUUCCCCGAUGGCUGCUACAGCACCGGGAGCUCGCAGACGACCACUCCUGACGGGUCAGAAAGCGUGCAGUUCCCUGUAGACGCGAGUCCAGGAACGCCAAGCGGCCGACCCGGGCUCGCUUCCGAACUCGUGCACCUUCGCAUGCAGCUGGAGGAGAAACGGCGCGCUAUUGAGAUGCAGAAAAAGAAGAUGGAGAACCUUUCGGCUCGGCAGCGGCUGCAGCUGGGAAAAGCGGCGUUUCUGCAUGUCGUCAAAAAGGGGAGGAGCGACACGCUGCCACACCCACUCAAAACCGGAGUCGCGUUUAAAGAAAAGCCACUCGCGAAGGACGACUCGUGUGUUGAGGUUCUGAAAGCCCAAGGAAAAGACUCAGAGUGUAAAGAAACUCCGGUAGAGGAGGAUAAGGACAAUCGUUUGAGUGCAACUGGAGGGGGCGGGGCUUCGGAUGAUGUGGGCGGAGAACCAGAUCUUAGCGAAUGUAGCCGUUCCAUUGAGCUCCUCAACGAAGCGAUCGGAGCAAUACAGCAGCAAAUGAUGCAGCUGUCUGUCCAGCAGGAUUUGCUCAUGAAACAGACCGUCCAGUCCCCGCCGGAGACCAAACCGAGCACUGUGCCGCCCUUAAACGAACUCCCGCCUGAGCAACCUGAGGUGAAGUCGCGCCUCUCCGUGCAAUUCACGGAAACCCUUUCCACGGCGACCAAACGUCCUCCCAGGCUCAGCUCGAGUCGUACACCUCGGACCAAACCCAGCGACCUCAAACUGAGCAAAGAUACAAACGGUCGUCCAGCGACAAAAGCCAGCACUCCGACACCGGGAGGCAGGACCCCCCGGGCUGAGAGUGAGGAAGAGGGCGGGGCUAAAGAUGGGGGGCGUGGAUUAAAAGGAAUUAUUCGCAAUACUACUUUCAGACUGCAGGAUGCCGCAAACCGACGCGCCGACAGCCUCGAGUCGCCCCAGAGCGAGCUCCCUCCGGUGGAGCCGUCGCCCGUGGAUCUGACCCGGGAGCGGAGCGAGUCCAGCGGCUCUGGAAAGGAGAACGUUCCCAUUCCGUCCGAGGAGAACAGAACGAAAGCACAGCUGAUCGAAGUGGACCUAUCUGACCUGGCUGAACCGGCUGAAACUAGCACAGAAACUGACGGGGAACAGAAAUCUGGACUGGGCUUCUUCUUCAAGGGUAAAGUGAGAGGGGGUCAGUGUUUACGGACCUGA